GGAGCCUUCUGGAAGAACUACAGCAGCUGGGCUGGAGAGGCUCUUGGGCGUCAAUUUUUGCUUGUCAGGAUCUUGUCUUCCACACCUUCCUGCCUAAGCCGCGCCUGAGUUGCGAAGUUGGCAGUUGCGUAGUUGUACUCGCAGUUGCCCAUCGAUCUCCACAAAAGUCUGCUAACGUCCCAUCUCCAUCUUCAUCUUGGCUCUCUUGAAUUCUCCAUCUCCACCCGCAGUCAUCACCUCAUCUCCACGUCCAUCUGCUCCGACUUCCUUUGUUUAUCAUUAUUACACAUUCCUAUUCUUCCUCUACAACCUGCUCCUUUGCUCGUCUCAGCGGUCAAUCAAUCCCGCCCUCCCGUUGACCGUCGUCUCAUCCUGGUUUUCUACACACUACCUCAGCUGCUCGCAUCACUCUCGUCAAAGUCAGCAUCAACGGACUCCUACGGCUUUGUUCUAAAGUCGCCUGUGGUCAAUAUGCAGUCAAGGCUUCACAAUUUCAUAUAGAACCAGCUCUUGCGGUUACUUCUGAAGUGACCGUCAUCUUUGCUCCUCUCGAUUGAUCCAGCUUACAGCACCAUGAACGACAAGAGCGAAGCAGACGCCGCUUCGACCAUACCAAAAUGGAGUUUUGGCGUUCUCAACGACCGGGAGACGGUCGAAGUCCCUGGAACAGUUCUUCUCCUUUCUCCACGCCGGAACGAACCCCUUGGCCUCGAAUACAGUAGUCCCACUCGCAUAGAUUCUUCCAUGCCACCUCAGCCUUACACACCGAGGCGGUCAUCAUUCACAUCAAAGAAGAAGAACAGAAGUGGCUCCGUCAUCCUUGAACCUCAACCCGAAGACAGCCUCAAUGAUCCACUCAACUGGCCUGCGUGGAGGAGAGACUUCGCCUUAUUGUCACUGGGAUUCUACUGCAUGCUCGGCGGCGGAAUGACUCCUGUCCUUGCUGCUGGCUUCGAUGAUGUUGCCUCGACUUUUGACGUAUCCUACUCGCGAGUCGCACUCACGACUGGGCUAUAUAUGAUGGGCAUGGGAGUUGGCGGCGUCAUCUUCUCUCCCACAGCAAUUCUCUACGGCAAAAGACCAGUCUACAUAUUUUCAGCACUUCUUUUCAUUCUGACUUCCAUCUGGUGCGCUCUUGCCCCUUCCUAUGCUCAGCUAGCCACCGCACGGGUUUUUCAAGGGUUUUCCGUUAGCCCAGUUGAAUGCUUGCCCUCCGCAACUAUUGCUGAGAUUUUCUUCCUCCACGAGCGUGCAUUCCGCAUUGGCAUCUACACCCUAUUACUUCUUGGUGGCAAGAACCUCGUUCCACUUGUCAGUGCUGCCGUCAUAGACGCCAUGGGAUGGCGUUGGGUCUUUUGGAUCGUCACCUUUAUCGCUGCAUUUGGCCUAUGUGCUUUGUUUCUAUUUGUUCCGGAGACUUUCUGGGACAGGACACCUCGGCCAAAGACACCCCGUCCAGCUUCAUCAAGAAGCUUUUCAGGCUUGUUUCACUCGGACCGCGGACGAACACAUAGCAUCAAGGCUUCCUCGGAGAAAGCUCCUAUGGCUGACCUAAACUCAAGCUCCCGGCAGUUCAUGUUGCACAAACAGGAUGUACAUGCCAGGUUUCAUGACGGGCCAGCUCAUGCGGAAAAUGACAGUGUGGUCGCAGACACACGACCACAGGCACCUCUGAGCAGCGAAAUUGUACCCCAGUCGUCCGAUUUGCGUCAAGAUGCACCGCCGCACACACCUGCUACUGAUGGUGCAACGGAAGAUUCGCAGCUCUCUAUCCGCCAGCAGCAAGAGACCUUGACAAGCAUUUCCACUGGGGCUAUCAAGCACGGAGGUCGAAAGCAACCAAAGCCUACUGGCCUCAGGCUACCUCCGCCAAUACACUUCAAUGGCUCAUCAGAGGCUCAAGUGCCCGUCCAAUCAAACCAUUCUGUCGAUGGCACUUCUGACCUCACCGUCCAGCAGCCCCUGACCAAUGACAACAACGUCAAAUUAAAUUGCGUCAAUUCGCCAUCUGGCGCUGGUGAUGAUUCCCCCACGAGGGCAUCUAUAACAUCUGUUAUGAACUCAGCACAGCCGUACACAGCGCCGUGGGAUGGCGCUGGUGACGACAAACUGCGUGUGCCCACAAUUGCGAUGCCUAUGAACACUACAUUUGCUGAGCUGGCAGAACGAUCAGGAACCUUCAAUCAAAAUGAAUCUCUCCCUGAACUUCAUAACCUUAAUUCUCCUUACUACCUGGGCAUUGAGAAAUCCGAAGAUUAUCUUGGACAUCACGGCCGGCCGAAGUCGACUGACAAAGCUCCUCGAGACGAGCAACCUAGUGAAUCUGGGGCCAGUCUUCAUAGUAUAGCGACUAAUAGUACAGUCCGGAAUUCAGCUGGCACGCCUUCCGCCCCAAAUCAUCAUAUUCUCAAUGGCGAAUCCAACGAGGCGACCAAGAUUGUUCGCUACACUACAAACCUGAGAGAAUCACCACCAAAAACAUAUCUUCAGACGCUGAAGCCAUGGAAUGGACGGCUGUCGAGGGCACACUGGUUUCUCGUGGCAUUGAGGCCUUUUUUGCUUUUUGCAUACCCGGCUGUACUUUGGUCGGCACUUGUUUACUCACUCUCAGUUGGAUGGCUGAUUGUACUGUCUGAGUCCGUGUCCAGCGUGUACCGAAAUCGAGACACUUACAACUUCUCGGCUCUUCAGUGUGGGCUCGUCUAUAUUUCACCCUUUGUCGGCGGGAUUCUUGGCACAGCUAUAGCAGGCAAAGUAAGCGACAUUCUCGUGCGAAUGAUGGCGCGUCGGAAUGGGGGAAUCUAUGAACCAGAGUAUCGGCUGGUGAUGGGGAUUCCGAUCGCGAUUUCGACAGCGAUUGGGCUGAUGGGUUUUGGAUGGUCUGCCGAGGAACGUGACCAAUGGAUUGUGCCCACCGUCUUCUUCGGCGUCAUCUCAUUUGGAUGCUCACUCGGAAGCACGACGGCAAUUACUUUCUGUGUGGACAGCUAUAGAGACUAUGCUGGCGAGGCUCUCGUGACUUUGAACUUCAGCAAGAACAUUUUUCACGGCCUCGCAUUCAGUCUUUUCUUCGCUCACUGGUUGGAAAGCGAAGGAGCAAAGGACACAUUCCUGGCGAUCGGGGGUAUCCAGGUGGCUUGUCUGUUGAGCACAAUACCCAUGUACAUUUAUGGCAAACGAAUGCGGAUGUGGACCGUCCGCAAGGCCUUUAUGGAGAACUUCUGAUGUUGGAAUAGACGCGGAAAGGGUAGAAGAAGGUUGAAUCCCUCGGUACAGAACAUGUGGACAGUGAUUACUAGAUAGACGUGACCUUGAAGUUGCCUUCUGGAGUAAAAGUCUCUCGUGACCAAGGUCGUCAAACGUGCACAGAAGACUGAUCAGUGAGUAAUCUAGCCACAGCCUGUAUUUAGCAUGAUGUUGCAUGCCAUCUCGUGAAGGAAGCGGAGCAUUGUCGCCGUUGGAAGCAAGACCUUGAGCCGAAACUAUUAAUAAAUACGGCCUACAUAGUCCAUUGAGAUAGAUAUUUAUGGCAACAGGUGGGAAGCGAGGCACAGAAAUACGGUCCUUAAAAGGUACAUUAAAGGUACAUUGGAUGGUCAUUGAUGAGUGCAUGUAUGGACGACGAGAGAGACACUGGGAGGGCUCUUUUCAACGUCGCGCUUUGUCUCCCUGGACAGGAGGCUAGAGAACACCGGUCAGAAGUCAAGGUACAGCGAGGGUGGCAACAGUGGACAUGGGCGACAUAGGACAGCAACAUAAUCGAC